GCCUGCGCACUGAGCCCGGCCCGGCUGGGGCGGGGCCGGUACCGGGGAGUCCGGGGGGGGUACCGGGGCGUGGGGUGGAACGGGUUCCGAGGGACUCCCCCACACCGCGGAACGACCGCACGGUGCGAGUAGGAGAGCAGCGGCCCGGUUCCGGGCGUGCGAGCGGGACGGAGCGUGGGUCCGGUUGUCGGCGGGGACGGAGCGGGUCCCGGCGGCGGAACCAUGAACGCCGCACAGGGCACGGUGGGCAGCGAUCCCGUCAUCCUGGCCACGGCCGGCUAUGACCACACGGUGCGGUUCUGGCAGGCCCAUAGCGGCAUCUGCACCCGCACCGUCCAGCACCAGGACUCGCAGGUGAACGCCCUGGAGAUCACCCCGGACCGCAGCAUGAUCGCUGCUGCAGGGUACCAGCACAUCCGUAUGUACGACCUCAACUCCAACAACCCCAACCCUGUCAUCAACUACGACGGUGUCAGCAAGAACAUCACCUCCGUGGGCUUCCACGAGGACGGGCGGUGGAUGUACACGGGUGGGGAGGACUGCAUGGCCAGGAUCUGGGACCUGAGGUCUCGGAAUCUCCAGUGUCAGCGGAUCUUCCAGGUGAAUGCUCCUAUUAACUGUGUCUGCCUGCACCCCAACCAGGCAGAGCUGAUCGUGGGUGAUCAGAGCGGUGCCAUCCACAUCUGGGACCUGAAGACUGACCACAACGAGCAGCUGAUUCCAGAGCCUGAAGUUUCAGUGAAUUCAGUCCACAUUGACCCCGAUGCCAGUUACAUGGCAGCUGUCAACAGCUCGGGAAAUUGCUACGUGUGGAACCUGACGGGUGGUAUUGGAGAGGAGGUGACCCAGCUGAUCCCCAAGACCAAAAUCCCAGCACACAACCGCUACGCCCUCCAGUGCAAGUUCAGCCCUGACUCCACGCUCUUGGCUACGUGUUCUGCAGACCAAACGUGUAAGAUCUGGAGGACUUCAAACUUCUCUCUGAUGACAGAGUUGAGCAUCAAGAGCAAUAACCCAGGGGAAACGUCUCGGGGCUGGAUGUGGGACUGCGCCUUCUCUGGGGACUCCCAGUACAUUGUCACAGCCUCCUCUGAUAACCUGGCCCGGCUUUGGUGUGUGGAGACAGGAGAGAUCAAGAGGGAAUACAGUGGCCACCAGAAAGCUGUUGUCUGCCUUGCCUUCAAUGACAGCGUGCUGGGAUAGAUGUCACGUGUGGGAAGGAGAGGAGCUCUGCUUGUCUGCCCUUGUCUCACAGUGGCCAGCACCCCCUCUGGAGCCAGAGACAGGCACCUGUAACCAUCCCCUCUGGGGAGGGAGGGAGCUGGGGCUCUGGCAGAAGCAGCUGCAGCUUCCUGGGGUGAAACCAGGCUUCACCCCCAGCAGAGUGACACUGAAAUGUGUGUGGAAUCCAAGGGAGACCCCCAGGACAAAAGGGAAUGGGAGGGGGAAGCACGGUCCUGCGGAGGGGAGUUGGGGAUGGCUCAGCUGGAGGAAUCCCUCUGGCCUGGCUCCUGACAGCUUGGUGAUGUUCUUGUGCCCCAAAGUGCAAACAAAAUAAAAAAUCAGCCACCCUGUGUGAUGGAAGAGGCUGAGCAAGGAGUG